UGGUGCGCAUUAAACUGUUCUGAGAGGAAUAUCAAUUUUUUCUUAAUUAGAAAUACGUUACGUAGUUGACGCAGUGCUCAACAAUCUCUGAUUCACUGAUUUGAUGAUAAAAAAAUAGCACUACAUGCUAUUUUUUAAGACUUGAUGCAUUCUCAAAUAACAACAAGGACGAACUCCCCCCUGGCAAUAAAGGAGUCUGAACAGUUCACAUGUGUUCUGCUUACAGCCAGUAAACGAACUCUUCUGAAAGCAACGUACUGUUAAUAAAGGUAAAGAUAUAUGCUCACUUCCUCACACGUACAAUGAAUGAUCUUGUAGAUGAACCCGCCAAGCUUGAGCAGUUGGUUGCCGAAGAAGAGAAGAAAAUUCUGGAGCUACUUUUUGAUCAACGGGUGGACGACACAAGUGCAAACAAAGUCUGUAAAUCACCACCUCAACAGCUAAACGAGGCAAGAUCCGCUCAACUAGACAAACUAGUUUCAGCUGAGAAUGAAGGUAUUACGACCAGCAGCGACAGCGCUGUUGACACGGAUGUACAAAACAUCGAUUCCGAUCAUACAAUUGCUACUACUGAAUUACCUAUCGCUUACAUUCCUCCUGUAUUCGACUCGGUUCCUUCGCUAAUCUAUGACGAAAAAUUUUCGACAUUUACCAAAGGCGUGAAAUUUGCACCUGACGGACAGACAUUCGCAGUAUGCACUGAUGAUAACCGAAUCCAUCUGCGUCGCACAGCUGGAUUACUCGAUGGUACAAAUAUGCCUGGCAAAAUCGUCGUCGAGAUCGUAGCCAGCGUUCGUGAGGCACAACCCAUCCAUGACUUCGCGUGGCACCCUAGCCACGAGUUUUGUGCGUUCGUCACAACCUGCAAUACUCAGCCAAUUCAUUUGUACUGUGGCCAAACAGUGAAGCUCCUGUCUAGUUAUGUGGCGAGGAAUCAUCUCGAUGAGCAUAUCUCUGCUUAUUGCUUGAAGUUCAGCCGGACAGGAGAGCAAAUUCUGGCUGGCUUCAAGAAAUUUGUCCGUAUAUUUGAUGUCGAGUGUCCUGGCGUCUGGUAUGAAAUCGCUACCUGGAAACAGUAUCAAGCAGGAAUCGUAUCAGCGCUGGACACCAAUGGCGAGAAAUUGCUGGCCGUCGGCACAUACUGUAAUACGGUUGCGUUGUACGAUCUUCGUGACAAGACUAUGGCUUACAGGCCUGAAGAAGGUCAUAAAGGAGGUGUCACACAGAUCCGCUUUUCGUAUGAUGGCAAUUUAUGCUAUUCUGGUGCGCGUAAAGACAACUUUAUUCUGUGUCGCGAUUUGCGAAAUUUCAGUAAAGUGAUCCACGAGUUUCCCCGACAAUGCACUACGAAUCAGCGUAUUCACUUUGACCUGCCCUACGAAGAAAACUAUCUAGCUACUGGGAAUACGGACGGAACGGCCUUCAUUUGGAAUCGAAAUGAACUGCAGACAUUUGGCGAAAAUGGAACAAAGUGUCGACCAAAUCUGAUCUUCACGCCGCAUGCUAAUGUCCGCCUGACAAAGAGCAGUGCCACUAAUGGCCUCAGCUUUCAUCCCUGGGCGCCAGUUAUCGCGACCAGCUCUGGUGGUCGAGGGACAAGCGUCUGGGAUGACAAGAGCGAGCAAGUCAUUUGGGAGAGUCCGUACGAGAAUCGCGUGAAACUUUGGAAAUUUGUACAGUAGCAAAAACUCCGACUGAGACAUUUCAGCUAUAUGUGUACCUAUUGCAACAGGUACAUAUUGUAAGGUCUUAAAAAGUCGGUCAUCGGUAGGGACAAAACACUUGUAAGAGACAAUCGCUAUUUGUACGAACCAUGUGAAUAUUUCAAAUACGUAAAUACGUAUUGUUGUGGCGUAUGCGUUCUCACAUACGCUCACAUGUUGGGUCGUGGCUAAAGACGAUAUUCGGCUGGUUCUAUAUAAUGUUUUUAGAAGGUGACCUUGCAUAUUUUUUCUUCCGUAUAAUAUGUUAUUGCGUUGCUCGCCACUUCCAUGUAGUAAUACGCUCUUGAAGCUACGCUCAGAUGUUUGCGACUAAAUCUAGAGUUAGUUAAUUGGUUCAAUUUUCAUAUAUUACAAAACAAAAAAACGGAAAGGAUUUUUGGGGACGGGGUUUCAGUGACCACUGCCCAGUGGCAGAUAACAUCGAAGGAGCAAGUUUACGGUAACACCUGGGUUAACCGUCAUUUAUGAAAUGGCUUUGAUUAUACUUAGCUAAUCACUUUUAUUAGGGGAGGGGGGAUUUGAAGCUAUAUAUAUAUAAGGAAAGUAAGGUAUGUCCCGUCUUUCAUAUAUAUAUAUAAUAUUUAAUUUAAGAAGGACGAAAAAAAUAGUGAACCAAGUACCUCAAUCUGUUUUAUCUAACCUUGGUUUUUUUGGGAGUAGAAACAGUAAAAAAAGAAAGUUGAGCUUAUCGCGCUUACUGAUAAUUGUAUAGAUGUAUAUAAUAUAAGAAAAAACGUGUAUCAGCGAUACGACUAGUACCGAUUAGUUAUCCUGUUUGAAGUUAGCUAAGUAUGUUUUUGGUUACCAUAGUGCGGGUACUCUUUCAAGAUUUUUCCAAAUAACGUUUUUAAACUUGAAUUGAUCAUCAUGUUUAGUUAAGAUAUGUACGCAUUUUUAAAUUAGAUUAUUUAUCACAUUAACAUACGUGGCACAGAAUUGUCCAACACGUGAUUUGUCUGCUACGACAACCUUUAUUAUAUUCUUAUUCGGAUCGACUCCACUGGCAUUUUUUUCCAUUUGCAAGUUGAUUAUUGGGGACAAUCUAGAGUUUUUUUUUCAAAAUUAUUUUCAGGACACAGGAAGGUUUUCUUUUCAGAAAAAAUCGAGUUAACUGGUUCUCGGAGUGCUACUAUUAGACGUAGGAAGUCGGCUCUGACAUUUAAUUUGUAUAUAGUUACGUACGUGAACUGAAUAUAUGUGAUGUUUUAUAAAUUAUGAAGCUGUUUUGCUUGUUUUCAAAAUAUACUAGGUUCCUGAGACAAUCCUGCAUUUGCCUGUUUGACGGCCGCGAUACCAUCUAUAUAGAUGAAAGUUCUUGAAGUGACACAUAAUGUUCUUCAAACGCCUGCGGUAAAAUUGUGGCCAAAGCGCUAAAACAUGCCAAAUGAAGAGGUGAAACAAAAAUUUAAAUAAAUGAAGUGAAGAAGUUUGGC